AUGGUCAAUGCGUGCGUAGAAUCACUGAAAAAUGUACAGUGUGGUACUUGUGAGAAGGGCAUCGCAAAUGGCACUGAAUUCUACGCAUUGCUCUUUGAUAAACAUUCGGAAUUACGUCAUUACUUCAAAGGACAUGAGAAUCUGACCGGCGAAGAGGUGAAGAAAAGUGAACAUUUCAAGAAGCAAGGUAACAUUUCGACCAUCAAAAUUCGUGUCUUUGCAGGAAUCAAAGCCCGCAAAGCUCCUCGUUAA